UUCCCCGAGCUGACGGUGGUCAUACUAUUAACCAUUCCUGCGCAGCCAUUGACUACACUAGAUAGGGAGCCAAGUCUUCUUAUCUGUCUCUCUCUUGACUCCUCUCACAUAUCAAUCAAUUGCCCUUCGGAGCGCAACUUUAUAACUCGCAUCGAGGCAGCGCCGUCGACAAUCACCAGAUCAUCAUCAGUCACAUUACGCAACCAAUAUGGAUCACAUGGGCCACGGCGGCGGCGGCGAUGGCGACUCGUGCAAAAUUUCGGUAGGAUGAAGACGAACCUGACCCUAGGCUCGCGGCCCAUCAACCAGAAGAGCUAAUAACGCGGGCUAGAUGCUAUGGAACUGGUACACCAUCGAUGCCUGCUUCCUCACCUCAAACUGGCACAUCCGCAGCGGCGGCAUGUUUGCCGCCACCUGCAUCGGCGUCGUCUUCCUCGUGGUCCUGAUUGAGUUCUUUCGGAGACUGGGCAAAGAGUACGAUGCCUUGCUCCUGCGACAGUUCCACCGCGAGUCGACAAGGCGGUACACCCAAGAGGGCAGCGUGUCUCAGGUGGUCACAUUCCGCGCCAGCGUCGUCCAGCAGCUGAUCCGGUCGGCGCUGCAUGCGGUGACCUUUGGCGGGGCGUAUAUUGUCAUGCUGCUCGCCAUGUACUUCAACGGUUUCAUCAUUAUUUGCAUCUUCAUCGGCGCCGGGCUGGGCAAGUUCAUUUGCGACUGGUUGGAGGUCAAGAUCGAUCUCGGUGGCAUUGGCCGCGGGUCGCAGGAUGUGAAAGGCAUCGAGGAGCCUAGCGUGUGCUGCGGCUAGAAUGAAUACCUUAUGAAUUCAAUGUCAGUUUUCAAGCGUCUCACUUAUCAACGUCCUCGAUC